AUGAAGAUAUUUUUAAUCUGCGCUUACUUGGUUUUGGUUUUCGAAUGCGCCCAUGGAGCUGUUGCUUCUGACGAUGAACUUUCGCCAGAGGAUGAGGAAGUGGUUAGACAGUGGAUGGAAAAUUUUGCGAAGAUGAAAAAUGCCGCUCGUUCUCUGGUCAAAGCAGCCAUGCCGUAUCUCAUGACGACUGUCUCGGCGGGGGAUCUCAAGAUGUCACCACAGUGCAAGAAAUCGUUGUUUCAGUUCAUUGGAGACCUUAGGAGUUUCAAACCAUGGGCUGUUCGUCUGGUAGAUUCUUCAGCGAAAAUGGUGACUGGAGUACUCACAGGAUCGGUGGCAUCUUUUGGGUCCUAUGAUCAGUGCCUGGACACCGUAUCGCCAAAUUCGCAAAUUCAAGGACAGUACUGUACCAUCGAAACCCGACCACCUCUUCCGAAGAAACCCAGAUUCUAUGCUCUGAAUCAGAGACUGAAAGCAUUCUCGAGAUUUGAAAACGACACAGGGAUGCUUGGUGUAAUGACAAAAAAUGCCCAACUCUUUUAUAUGUUCCCGUUCAGAAUUGGUAUUUGUGUUCCAUCAACAUGUUCUGUUUCGGAUGUUCUGAAUGUUUCCAAUUUUGUUGUGAAAAAAUUCUUUAAUGCUAGUCUCACUGUGCCACGAUGUGAAGUUAAAGAAGAGGUAGUAAUAAAAAGUAGCCAAAUCCCAAUACUGAUUGUGAUUGCCGUUCUUGCCGCAUUAGUUAUAGGUGGAACAGUUAUUGAUUAUCGGAGGCAAAACGAAUCAGAGCUCAAACUAUCGCAAAAGGACUUGAGUAUUGGGACAAAAAUUGCUGUGUCUUUCUCGGCAAUAUCUAACUGGAAAACCCUCAUGGAUGUAAAAACAGGAGCUGAUACUUUAAGUGUUCUGCAAGGCAUUCGAGUUUUUUCUAUGUUUUGGGUUAUUCUAGGACACACGUAUUUUCAUUUGAAUUUUAAAAUUCUCAGGAAUCUUCAGAUUACCAUUCAAUUAACAAGUCAGUUUAUUUUCAACUCAGUCACCAAUGCAUCUCUCGUGGUCGAUAACUUUUUCUUCCUGAGCGGAUUACUGGUUAUAUACGUUGGCAUGGAUAUGGAGAAAAAGCUGGGAAAAGUGCCGAAAGCUAUUUAUUUUGUGAUUCACAGGAUAUGGAGAUAUCAGCCAGUGCAAAUGUUUUUCGUCGGAAUAGCCACUUUACUUCCUUUAUUUGGCGACGGACCUGUUUGGAGAGAAAAUAUAGAUCCCAUCGUAGAAGGAUGCAGAAAUGAUUGGUGGGCCAAUCUAGUCCUCAUUAAUAAUGUUUAUAGGAGUGGACCUACAGGGUGUCUCUCUUAUUCUUGGUACCUCGCAGCAGAUUUCCAAAUCUAUGUGUUUUGUAUACCAAUAAUCAUUACUAUCAUGAAAAAGCCGCGAAUUGGUUUAUGGUUGAACGGAGUGGCUCUCCUGCUGUCCAUAUUAGCUGCUGGGAUUCAUAACUAUAUCAGAGAUUUCCCUCCUACUUUGCUGUUCACGCGGGCGGAUGCUGAGCAACGCACGCAAUUAAUGUUGGAAACGUACUACGCCCCUCACACUCAUCUUGGUCCAUUUUGUAUAGGGAUUUUUAUUGGAUAUUAUUUACAACGCGACAAACAGCCGUUGAAAAUUCACUGGAUUUCAAAUGUUGCUGCAUGGGUUUUAGCGUUCGUUUUUAUGUGUUCAGCUUUAUUUGGCGUCCAUCCUUGGAAUAGUGGGACUGGAGCUACAGGCGUUGUGCCUACAGUUCUUUAUGCUAGCCUGGCAAGGAUAGCAUGGACACUAAGUAUCGCCUGGAUGACUGUAGCGUGCACCAAAGGCUGUGGAGGCUUCCUGACUUCCGUUCUUCGCUGGAAAGCAUUGAUUCCUCUAAGUCGCUUAACUUUUCUGGUGUACAUGGUCCAUCCCUUCAUUCAGCACAUUCUAUAUUCAAAUCUUCGGGAAGGAAUUCAAGCUAAGAAUCAUUUAGCGGUAUUUCUAUGCAUCGGUUUCAUUACAGUAAGUUACGUCUUUGCUGCAAUUUUGUGCUUGUUAUUGGAAGCGCCAAUCAUCAACAUAGGGAAACUUAUUCUGGAAGUGAAAGAAUCCUUGAAGAAGAAAAAGAAACUGCAUUCCAGACCGAUCCUGAAAAAUGACGUGAAUGCUUUAGAUAUUGUAUGCAGCAACGGAGAUAAAUUUAAUUUGACCUCAAAUGGUCAUAAUGGAUUGGAGAAUCACUGCAAGGUGAAGGAAAAGGACAUUGAAUGUCAACUAGGCGAACUUAUUUCUUCAAACCACAAAGGUGAAGAGGAAUUUAUCUGUCAUCUUUGA